AUGUCUGGCCAACGCCAACAACUCUGGCAUCCCUGGCAUGCCACCCUGGACAUGCCCCCAAUGUCCGUCGGUGUGGAUGGUUCAGACGAGACCAACCCUGCGCGAACCCCAAAUAUCGGACAUCCAUCUCAUCCUGCCAUCAUGGUGCUAGUCCUGUCGAAAGUAGGGUUCCUCUCCGUCAAAGCUGAAGUCCUGUAA